CGCUUAUAGAACCUAAAAGCAAGUGUAGAGUGUCAGUAUAGAUGGUAGAUAUUAAUCUGGAGAGAGCGAAGAUAUAAAUCUUAAUUUUUUUAAAUAUCGUUCUAUUUAUUAAAACAAUGGGUACUGUUGAAUAUGGUUUUCCAACGAUAGGCGGAUUAAUGCCACAAAUACAAGCUCUUAUAGCACCACCAGUAUCUGAAGAUUCUAAAACAGCCAAGACAAAGAAAGAGAAAGAGGAGAAAAAACAUCCAUACUUCAAGAGACGAGGUCGUGGUCAUAACCAUGAUUUUUGUGAUGCUUGUAAGGAUGGAGGAGAACUUAUAUGCUGUGACAGAUGCCCAGCUUCUUAUCACUUACAAUGUCACUAUCCUGCAGUUGACCCAAUGGAUAUUCCUAAUGGAGAAUGGUUGUGUUAUACCUGUCGUUGUGCUGCUAAAAGAGAGAUGGAUAAUAAAGGAAAUGAUAAGAAAAAGAAAAUGUCUGCUUUGGAAAUAUUGGCAUUUGCAGCCUCCUUAGUAAAUCCUAGAGAAUUUGAAUUACCCAAGGAAUUACAACUACCUAUAAUGUUCCCUGGUAGUAAUAAGAUGGAUUAUGUAUCUGGUAGAAGAGGUAAACAGCUAAGUUCAUCAUGCAAUAAUGUUGGAAAAAGUCACUGUUUGGACAGUAACUUAAUGGUUCCAUUACCAGCCCGUUUGUGUUUUGAAUGUGGACGUAGUUGCAGGAAAGCUCCAUUAAUUGCAUGUGAUUACUGUCCAUUGUAUUUUCAUCAGGACUGUUUGGAUCCACCACUGACUACCUUUCCUAUCGGUAGAUGGAUGUGUCCUAAUCAUCCAAAUCACUUCAUAGAUCAAAAUCUGUUAACUUCAUGUAGAGUAACAGAACGUAUAAAACUGUGGGAUAAAUAUGCCAAUCAACGAAUAGAUCAACAUGCGGUAAAAUUAGAUUUCCUGCGUAAAGCCCGUGCUGCUAAUCCAUUGUUUCGCACAAAAGUAAGAUUAGAAGGUCGUCCGAGAAUAAAAGUUCCUAGCAGCAUAAAAUAUCAUUACGAGAACCCAUCGAAAUUGGAUUCUAUAUAUUUUAAUCAAAAUAUUGUUAUACGGCCUGUAAAGAAUACUGCAAGCAGAGAUGAACAAUAUACAAAUUCCAAUAAAAUAGAAAGUAACAAGGAUAAUUGUGGAUUAGAAGAUAAGAGAACUGAAGAAAGCAGCCAAGUAGAAAUAAAAACAGAAGAAAAGAAUGUAACUACAAAUAGAGAAAGUAAUCAAGAAAAAGAGUCUGAUGUGAAUGAAUGCACGAAUAAAAUAGAAAAUGAAGCUGCAACAGAUGCUUUUAGAGCAUACAAUAAUCUUGAAUUUCAUUCAAGAUAUUAUGAUUAUGAUAUUAAGGAAGGUGUACAGCUGUUAGAGAGACCAGUGUUGGAAGCAUUAGCACAACAAAGAUUAGAACAAAUAUUAAAUCCUGACGGUGAAUAUUAUGAAACAGUAACUCGUCAUAAAAAUAUUAGAGCUGUGUUAUUUUCCUUAAAUUCUAAACCUAGUCCACCAGCUUACAUGGCUCAUAGAACUUUUGUUAUUGGCAAUGGUCCAAAUUGUGAUUUAGUUUUAUCUAAUUAUGGUAAUUGUAGUUUCAUAUCAUCUAAACAUGCAAUUAUAUUUUUCGAUGAGAUGACUAAACGUUACGAGUUACUCAAUUAUAGUGAAUAUGGAACAGUGGUGGAUGAUGUAUUAUAUUGUUCUAAUUAUACUUACAUCAUGGAAAAAGAUUCGAAAGAUCAGAAGAAUGACAAAGUGACAUAUGUCACCAAGGAAGAAGAAACAUCUGAAAUGAUAAAAACUAUUCUACAUAAAGAAGAGGAAGUUUCUUUGCAACAACAUACACAUGAAAUUAAUAAGGUUUUAUGUAAAUGUAAUAGGAAGCGUGAUAUCACAACUAAUAAACAUCCAGAAGAAGGAUGGGAAGGUAGUGCAAUCAUUGCACAUGGCUCGACUAUUACUUUCGGAUGUCUCAUGUUUAUAUUUAAUACAUCAGGCACGUAUGUAGAUAGAUAAAAUUUCAUAUUGUAAAUAUUUGACUGUAAAAAUAAUUUUAUAAAUAACAAGUUAACAAAAAGUUAACUCUUAGUAUAUCAAAGUUCUUCUCCCUUCUCUUUCUUGUUUUUAAGUAUAUUAAAUUAGGUAUAU